AUGGAGAAAAGUAUCAUUAUCAUUCUAGAUAACUUAUGGAGCAUACUUGAUUUGGAAAUAGUAGGGAUUCCAUUUGGCAAUGAACAUAAUGGUUGCAAAUUGUUGAUGACAAGUAGAGAUCAGGAAGUGUUGCUUCAAAUGGAUGUUCCAAAGGAUUUCACUUUCAAAGUUCAACUUAUGAGUGAAAACGAGACAUGGAGAAUGUUUCAAUUUAUGGCAGGGGAUGUGGUUAAAGAUAGCAAUUUCAAAGAUCUACCAUUUAAAGUGGCCAGAAAAUGUGCAGAGAUGGACCGGGCAACUAAUUUUGCUUUGGAAUUGAGUUACUACUUCUUAGAGAGUGAUGAAAUGAGGGAUCUCUUCUUUCUUUUUGCAUUACUGUUAGGUCAAAAUAUAGAGUACUUUCUCAAAGUUGCAAUGGGGUUGGACAUAUUGAAGCAUAUUAAUGCAAUGGACGAUGCAAGAAACAGACUUUACACAAUAAUCAAAUCUUUGGAGGCGAAAUGUCUUUUGCUUGAAGUUAAAACAGACGGAAAUAUCCAAAUGCAUGACAUUGUUCGUGAUUUUGCUAUCUUAGUAGCACGUAGGGACAAACAUGUACUUCUAAGAGAACAAUCUGAUAAGGAAUGGUCAGACAAGGAUUUUUUUGACAGGUGCACGCAGAUCUUUCUAUAUAGGUGUGAUAUGCACAAGCUUCCUCAAACAAAUGACAGUCCAAAUAUUAAGCUUUUCUCUUUGUUAAAUAGAAAUUCUUCAUUGGAAAUCCCUGAUACUUUUUUUGUGGGAAUGAAAAGCCUUAGAGUGCUAGACUUAACGCACUUGAACUUGUUAUCAUUACCCACAUCGUUUCGGUUCCUAACAGAACUUCAAACAUUGUGUUUGGAUGUUUGCAUUUUGGAAAAUACGGAUGCAAUAGAAGAUUUGCAAAAUUUAAAAAUUCUUAGACUCUAUAAAUCCUCAAUGAUCAAGUUGCCAAGAGAAGUAGGGAGAUUGACUCAAUUAAGAAUGCUUGAUUUGAGUCAUUCAGGAAUAGAAGUGGUCCCACCAAACAUCAUAUCAAGUUUGACUAAAUUGGAGGAGUUGUACAUAGGAAAUACCUCUAUAAAUUGGCAAGAUGUGAAUUUAACAGUUCAAAAUGAAAAUGCUAGCAUUGCCGAGCUUCAAAAACUACCCAAAUUGACAGCUCUAGAAUUACAAAUUCGUGAGGCUUGGAUGUUGCCAAGGGACUUGCAAUUGAUGUUUGAGAAGCUGGAAAGAUAUAAAAUAGCUAUUGGGGAUGUAUGGUACUGGUCUGACAUUAAGAAUGGAGCCUUAAAAACAUUGAUGCUCAAACUUGGUAUAAACAUACAUUUGGAGCAUGGAAUUAAAGCAUUGAUUAAGGGUGUUGAGAAUUUGUACUUGGAUGAUGUAGAUGGAAUUCAAAAUGUGCUUCCUCGCCUAAAUAGAGAAGGAUUUACAUUGCUGAAACAUCUCCAUGUCCAAAAUAAUACUUACUUGAAUCACAUUGUUGACAAUAAAGAGAGAAAUCAAAUCCAUGCGUCCUUUCCCAUCUUGGAAACACUAGUACUUCUUAAUCUUAGAAACUUGGAGCAUAUAUGUCAUGGUCAACCUUCAGUUGCUUCUUUUGGAAGUCUCAGUGUUAUCAAAGUAAAAAAUUGCGUCCAGUUAAAGUAUCUUUUCUCCUUUACAAUGGUUAAAGGACUUUCUCACCUUUGUAAGAUUGAAGUUUGUGAGUGCAAUUCUUUGAAGGAGAUAGUGUUCAGAGAAAACAAUUCAAGUGCUAAUAAUGAUAUCACUGAUGAAAAAAUCGAGUUUCUUCAAUUGCGUUCUUUGACUUUAGAACAUUUGGAGACACUUGAUAAUUUCGCCUCUGAUUAUUUGACACAUCAUAGAAGUAAGGAAAAGUAUCAAGGUCUAGAGCCUUGUGCUUAUACUACACCAUUUUUUAAUAAUGCUCAGAUUAAUUAA